UUUUUAAAUUCAAGUUGUCAUCGUCGCCAUUUGUCAGAUUUAUUUGUUAAAAAUGCCGAGUCAAGAGGUGACAACAACUAAAGUGGUGGUUCACCCAUUAGUUUUAUUGAGUGUCGUGGACCAUUUUAAUCGUAUGGGCAAAAUUGGCAACCAAAAACGUGUGGUUGGUGUUCUUUUAGGUUGCUGGCGGGCUAAAGGUGUUCUAGAUGUUUCAAACAGUUUUGCAGUUCCUUUUGAUGAAGAUGACAAAGAUAAGUCGGUGUGGUUUCUGGACCACGAUUACCUAGAAAACAUGUAUGGAAUGUUCAAAAAGGUAAACGCACGUGAACGGGUAGUCGGUUGGUAUCACACAGGGCCAAAAUUGAACCAGAAUGACAUUCAAAUAAACGAACUGAUCAGAAGGUAUUGUCCAAAUUCGGUAUUAGUAAUUAUUGAUGCGAAACCUAAGGAUCUCGGUCUUCCCACUGAAGCCUACCAGGCUGUAGAAGAGGUACACGAUGAUGGUUCACCAACAUCGAAGACUUUUGAGCAUGUUCCUAGCGAAAUUGGGGCAGAAGAGGCUGAAGAAGUUGGUGUUGAGCAUUUGCUAAGAGAUAUUAAGGAUACAACAGUGGGUACAUUGUCUCAAAGAAUCACGAAUCAAUUGUUGGGGGUGAAGGGGCUGCAUUGUCAGCUGAGAGAAAUUAGAGACUAUCUCAUACAAGUUAGUGAAGAAAAGUUGCCUAUUAAUCAUCAGAUUAUCUAUCAGCUGCAAGAUAUCUUCAAUCUUUUGCCUGAUAUUAAUCAGGAGAACUUUAAUAAAGCAUUUUAUGUUAAAAACAACGAUCAGAUGUUGGUUGUGUAUUUGGCAGCAAUGGUGAGAUCUAUUGUAGCUUUACACAAUCUUAUUAACAAUAAAUUAACAAAUAAAGAUGCUGAAGAAGGAAAAAAAGAAGAAGCCAAAAAGGAUAAAGAUAGCAAAGACAAAGAAAAGGAAAAGGAGAAAGAUAAGGAUGCUAAGAAGGAUGAAAAGAAAAAAUAACUUAUUAAUUUUUAAUUCUUUAAUAUAACAACUAAUUUCAUAAUGCACUAACAGUAAUGUGUUGUAUAAAAUAUAUUAUUAAAUUUUUUUAUAAAAUAUUUACA